AUGCACCUGUAUGCCUGUGGCUUGAACGACAACGGAGAACUGGGCCUCGGAGGAAAGUCUUCGGCUGGGUCUGUGCUGAGGCCGCGGCAUUUGAAGGAACUCGCAGAACGCACCGCAUAUGGCGGGAUCAUUAACAUGGCAGUCGGAGGAAUGCACUGUGCGGCCCUCACUGCAAACAACAAGAUCUUGACGUGGGGAGUCAACGAUAACUUUGCUCUGGGGCGUGACACCACUUGGACUGAAGGCCUGCGAGAUGCGGGUAGUGACGCUGAUAGCACCGACGGCGACCUGAAUCCGCUGGAAGCCACGCCGACGCCUAUUGACGAGCACCAUUUCCCACCGAAUACGAGCUUUGUGCACGUUGCUGCUAGCGACAGCGCAACUUUUGCCGUCACCGAGAAGGGAGUCGUAUUUGGUUGGGGUACCUUUCGGGGCGCCGAUGGCAUUAUUGGCUUCUCUCCUUCGACCCGUAUCCAAAAGACGCCUAUUCAAAUCUCGGGCCUGAAACGGGUGACAAAACUUGCCUGUGGCUCCAACCACGUGCUGGCUCUGGAUUUGUCUGGUCGCGUCUUUUCCUGGGGCUGUGGCGAACAAGGACGAUUGGCAAGAAGGAUCCUUGCACGUCACGCCCACAAGAGCUUGAUCCCUCAGUCUGUUGGCCUCAAAAACAUUCAAGACAUUGGCACUGGAAGCGAACACUCCUUUGCCGUUGAUGCUAAAGGAAAAGUCUGGUCAUGGGGUGCCAACGGCUUUGGCCAAACGGGUGUUCAAGACAAGAACGGAAACAGAGAGGAGUCUGUCCUUCGCCCAACCAUCAUCAGCAGCUUCGACGGAACUGCAGGAAAAGUUACCCUCAUCACUGGAGGGAACCACCAUUCUCUUGCCCUCACGGAGGCCGGCUCCUGCCUGACUUGGGGCCGAGCGGAUUCGAUGGCCUGUGGACUCCGGGUACCACCUGCGCCAACAAACAUUGUUCGAGAUGAGGGUGGUCGUGCCCGAAUAAUUUCGGCGCCGACAAUUGUCCCCGGUUUGACGGACAUUGUCGCAGCUGGUGCAGGCUCGGACCACUGCCUAGCCGUGAGAAAGGAUGGCCACGUCUUCGGGUGGGGCUUCAACACCAUGGGGCAAGUGGGCGUAGGCACCGAGGACGAUGUUGAAGAGCCAGCGCUAUUGAACGGCAAGGCAAUUCGAGACCAGAAGGUCAUUUGGGCUGGCUGUGGAGGGCAGUUCUCUGUUCUUGGUGUUGUCCCUUCUUUCCCGACUUCGCCAGUUGCACCAGCUCCUGCUGUGCCCAACUAG